AUGGGGAUCGCCACGGAAGGAGACCCCAGAGAGAGGGAGAACCGCCGAGGCUCUCCGGACGAGAUGGAGAUGAAGGUGGCCAGGUUCUCCCGGGGGAAGGCUGCUAACCUGGGGGAUUUGCGCGACAAGAAACUGAAACAGCAGCUCGCUGGAAAGGAGAAGCUGAUUGGAGUGUCCGCCAAAGCUGCCGCGCAGGCUGAAAAGUGGCUAUUGCCUAGCGUUGGGGGCUAUCUAGAGCCUGAAGGUCUCGAAAAGACAUACAGAUUUGAGCAGUGGUCGAUUCUGCCAAAGGUGGACAUUUGGAGUUCAAGAAAAUCAUUUGACAUGAUCUUACCUGUGCUUGGUCCUUAUACUCUAGAAUACACACCAAAUGGGCGCUACAUGAUAGUAGGUGGGCGAAAAGGUCAUAUUGCAUUUAUGGAUAUGUUGAAUAUGGAACUCAUCAAUGAAUUUGAGGUGAAGGAAACUGUGCGCGACGUGGCAUUUUUACAGAACGAGCAACUCUUUGCAGUCGCCCAGAAAAAGUAUCCCUACAUAUAUAAUCGUCAUGGCACAGAAAUUCACUGUCUAAAGGAACAUGGCGAAUCGCUGAAGCUUCAGUUUCUGGAUAAACACUUACUCUUGGCAUCGAUAAACAGCUUCGGGCAGCUCCACUACCAAGAUAUGAGCACUGGUGAGAUGGUUGCAAACUACAGCACAGGUCUUGGACGUACGGACGUGAUGCGGGUAAAUCCCUACAAUGCCGUCAUUGGCCUUGGGCAUGCUCGUGGGAAACUCACAAUGUGGAAGCCAACCAGUGCGAAACCCCUUGUCACAAUGUUGUGCCAUAAGGGUCCUCUGACUGCAGUCGCAUUUGACAAGGGUGGUCACCUUAUGGCAACUGCAGGUGCUGAUCACCGGAACCGGAAGAUUAAUAUUUGGGAUCUCAGGAAGUUUGAGGUUGUGCAUUCAUACGCCGCACGUGCUCAGUCCCUGGAUUUCAGCCAGAAGGGGUUGUUGGCGAGCAGCAACGGAUCUCUAGUGGAGAUAUACAGGGAUUGCGGGGGCCAGGACUAUAAAAUCUAUAUGAAGCACAGAAUGGUAAAGGGAUAUCAGGUGGGCAAGGUUUUGUUCCGCCCUUACGAGGACAUCUGUGGGAUCGGGCACUCCAUGGGCUUCUCCUCCAUGCUCGUUCCUGGAUCAGGCGAGCCAAACUUCGAUACCUUUGUUGACAACCCCAUGGAGACCGGGAAGCAAAGGCGGGAGAAGGAGGUGCGGUCCCUCCUUGACAAGCUCCAACCAGAGACCAUCAUGCUUGAUCCGAAUGUGAUAGCCACUCUAAGACAACUGAAGAAGAAAGAGAAGAAGACUAAGAAAGAGAUCAAGGACGAGAUUGAAGGUGCCGUCGAGGCCGCCAAGAACAUUAGGGUCAAGAAGAAGACCAAGGGUAGGAGUAAGCCGAGCAGGCGGGCCAAGAAGAAGGAGGAGGAGGUUCUCAGAGCCAAGAGGCCUUUGUUGGAUCAACACAAGGAAGCCAGUGGGCACCCUGACAAGAAACUGCGGAUUGGCAAUGACACCGAGCUGCCGAAAGCAUUGCAGCGGUUUGCCAAGAACAGGCAAUCGUGA